AUGAGACGGUGGACGCUAAAGCUGCGAGCACAAAUUGUGUUUUUUAUCCUCGGCACCUGCAUUAUAUGCCAGUGUGGACUAAUAAGCGGAGAAAUCUGCCAGAGUAAGGACAUCCGGAACAAUGUGACCAACCUCCAGUCGUUGGAGAACUGCACCAUCAUCGAGGGCCACCUUAAGAUUCUGCUCAUGUUUAAGACCAAGACCGAGGACUUCCGGGGUCUCAGCUACCCGAAGCUGCGAGUGGUGACUGACUACGUGCUGCUGUUCAGAGUCUAUGGCCUCGACUCCCUCAGCGAUCUCUUCCCCAACCUGACGGUAAUCCGCGGAAGCAACCUCUUCUUCAACUACGCUCUUGUACUUUACGAGAUGCUGCAGCUGAAGGAGGUGGGCCUCCACAGUCUCAUGAAUAUUACCAGGGGCGCCGUGAGGAUCGAGAAGAAUCCAGACCUGUGUUACCUGGCCACCCUGGACUGGUCCAAGAUCCUGGAAUCGGUGGGGGACAACUUCAUCGUGGCCAAUAAGAAUGAGAGAGAGUGUGGAGACGUGUGUCCCGGCACGGCACAAGGUCAGACCACCUGCCUGCAGAACACCAUUAACGGACACUUCAGGGGACGGUGCUGGUCACAGAAUCACUGCCAGAGAAUGUGCUUGGACAACUGUAAGCAUAGUGCCUGUAGCCUCCAGGGCCAGUGUUGCCAUGACCAGUGCCUGGGUGGCUGUUCUGAGCCAGGUAAUGCAAGUAGCUGUGUGGCCUGCAGGAACCUCCAGCAUGGCAAUACCUGUAUGGAAAAGUGUCCUCCUGGAUUCUAUGUCUUCAGGGGCUGGCGCUGCAUCAGCUUCAACUUCUGCCAGGAGCUCCACAACCAGUGUAAGCAGAGUAAGAAGUUAAACCAGGAUCGAGAAUCGGGCUGCUACGAAUAUGUCAUCCACAACGGGGCCUGUAUUCCAGAGUGUCCCUCUGGAUACACCACUAUCAACUCCACUACGUUGACCUGUUUGCCAUGUGCAGGCCUUUGUCCUAAACUGUGCGUGGGAAAUAAGACGAUUGACUCUGUAACUUCAGCGCAGGCUUUGAGAGGCUGCACUGUUCUCCACGGCAACAUGAUCAUCAAGAUUCGAGGAGGGAAUAACAUUGCAGCUGAGUUGGAGGCUAGUUUGGGCCAGAUUGAGGAGAUCACAGGCUACCUGACUGUUCGCAGAGCCUACGCCCUGGUCUCCCUCUCUUUCCUCCGCAAACUACGUGUCAUUAGGGGGGAGCAUCUUGAGGGAGAUAUCUAUGCUUUCUACGCACUGGACAACCAGAACCUGCGUGAGCUGUGGGAUUGGUCCAAGCACAAUCUCACCAUCCAACGUGGUCGUACGUUCUUCCACUACAACUCCAAACUCUGCAUGUCUGAAAUCAGAAAAAUGGAAGAGGUAACGGGAACCAAGGAGCGCAACCAAAAGAAUGACAUCGCUGUACGCACCAACGGGGACCAAGCCUCUUGUGAGACCAAGCUGCUGAAAUUCAUACUGAUCAGGACCACAUCAACUAUGAUAAUGCUGAAGUGGGAGCCCUUCUGGCCUUUGGACUUCAGAGACCUGCUGGGCUUUAUGGUUCUCUACAAAGAGGCGCCAUAUAAGAAUGUGACAGAGUUUGAUGGGCAGGAUGCCUGUGGCUCUAACAGCUGGGCGAUUGCCGAUGUUGAUCCUCCAUCCCGUUCCACGGAUGGCAAGAAGGCGGAUGAACCGGGGUACCUGAUCCGACCGUUGAAGCCAUGGACCCAGUACGCCAUUAUGGUCAAAACCCAACUGUCUGCAUCUGACGAGCACCAGGUUAAUGGAGCCAAGAGCGAGAUCAUCUACGUCCGCACCAAUGCCUCCAAGCCCUCUGUGCCUCUGGACCCUAUCUCCUCCUCCAACUCUUCCUCUCAGAUCAUCCUGAAGUGGAAGCCUCCCACCAGCCCCAAUGGCAACAUCACCCACUACCGCGUCAUCUGUCGUAAGCAGGCCGAGGACAGCGACCUCUACAAGUUCGACUACUGCCUACAAGGAAUGAAGCUGCCGUCACGUACCCCAACCAACCUGGACAGCGAUGAUGAGCAGAAGUGGAAUCACACAUAUGAGCCCACCUCGGGGGGAAGGUGCUGCGCCUGCCCCAAGACAGACAGCCAGCUGAAGAAGGAGCAGGAGGAGAUAGAAUACCGCAAGACCUUCGAGAACUACCUCCACAAUGAAGUGUUUGAGAGCAGACCAUCCCGUCGGCGACGCUCAGUGGGAGUUGCCAACGCCACCCAAACUCUUAAUUUCCUCCUCCCCACAGCCCCCAGUCUGCCAUUUGGCUCCACCACAGCCACUCCUAAAGAUGAAGAUGAAGACGAGGAGGGAUCUAAGGUGGAGCUGAAGGUGUUCUCAAAAGAGUCAACAGUCAUCUCCAACCUGCACCACUUUACCAGUUAUAAGAUAGAGAUCAUUGCCUGCAACCAUCUGACUGACCUCAAACGCUGCAGCAUGGCUACUUAUGUCAGUGCUCGAACUAUGCCAGAGGAGAAAGCAGACCUCAUCCCAGGCCGUGUGACCCAUGAGAUAGUGACAGCCGAGCCUCCCUAUGUGUUGAUUAAAUGGAAUGCGCCUCACUCCCCUAAUGGCCUCAUCAUCCUGUAUGAGGUGUUCUACAAGAAGGUUGGAGACACAGAGGUUCACACAGUUUGUGUGUCACGGCCGGCUUACCUUAAAUCAGGAGGCACAAAGCUUUCGCUCGUACAACCUGGAAACUACAGCGUGAGGGUCCGGGCCACCUCCUUGGCAGGAAAUGGCUCCUUUACAGAAACCACUUACUUCUUCAUGCCCAACCCGGAUCCAGGUUUAAUUUGGAUUGUGAUUGGUCCAGUCAUCUGCUUCAUUCUGCUGCUGUUCGUGGGAGGCGGAGUCUUUGUGAUCUUAAAGAAGAGGCAAACAGAAGGCCCGACUGGACCUCUUAUUGCCUCCUCAAACCCAGAGUACCUCAGCGCCAACGAUGUGUAUGUUCCUGAUGAGUGGGAGGUGCCCCGGGACAAGAUCACGGUGCUACGAGAGCUUGGUCAGGGCUCCUUCGGCAUGGUGUACGAGGGAAUCGCCAAGGACAUCGUCAAAGGAGACCCGGACACACGUGUAGCCGUCAAGACUGUCAACGAAUCGGCCAGCCUGCGCGAGAGGAUUGAGUUCCUCAACGAAGCCUCCGUCAUGAAGGCUUUCAGCUGUCACCACGUGGUCCGUUUGUUAGGUGUCGUGUCCAAAGGUCAGCCCACUCUGGUAGUGAUGGAGCUGAUGACCCACGGUGAUCUAAAGAGCUACCUGCGUGGUCUCAGGCCAGACUCUGAGAACAACCCAACAGGCCGUUCACCACCUACGCUGAAGGAGAUGAUCCAGAUGGCUGCAGAAAUUGCAGACGGCAUGGCCUACCUCAAUGCCAAGAAGUUUGUCCACAGAGACCUGGCAGCCAGGAACUGCAUGGUGGCAGAGGACUACACUGUUAAGAUUGGAGACUUUGGUAUGACCAGAGACAUCUACGAGACUGACUACUACCGUAAAGGAGGGAAGGGCCUGCUUCCUGUCAGGUGGAUGGCUCCAGAGUCUCUGAAGGACGGAGUCUUCACUGCCCACUCCGACUGCUGGUCGUUUGGCGUUGUGCUGUGGGAGAUCAGCACGCUAGCAGAGCAGCCUUACCAGGGUUUAUCCAACGAACAGGUUCUAAAGUUUGUCAUGGACGGAGGAUACCUGGACCGGCCAGACAACUGCCCAGAGAGGAUGCACAGCCUAAUGCAGAUGUGUUGGCAGUACAACCCCAAGAUGCGGCCGAUGUUCCACGAGAUCAUCGAGAUGCUGCGGGAGGACCUGCACCCGUCUUUCCAGGAGGUCUCCUUCUUCUACAGCGAGGAAAACAAAGUCCCAGAGACAGAGGAUUUUGACCUCGACCUGGACAACAUGGAGAGCAUCCCCCUGGACCCGUCGUCAUACUCCCAGAGAGAGGAGAGCUUAGGCAGGGACAGCGGGCCCUCGGUGGCCCUUAGGGGGAACUAUGAGGAACAUGUCCCCUACACACACAUGAAUGGUGGCAAGAAAAACGGACGAAUCUUAUCGUUGCCCAGAUCCAGCCCUUCCUAACAUUUCCUGUUUCCUUAAAAGAACUUGUUCAUCCUGUCCCCCUUUCCCUUCCCAUUCUUCUUUCUCUUCCAGUCCAUUUUUUUCUGUAUCGUUCAUGUUCCUCUCAUUUUCUAAUGAUUUUCUUAUUCUUGGGGAAGCCCUUAAAAAUAACAACAUACAGAUCUCAGGACUUUUUAUUUUCCUCCUCAUGGCUGCCGAAACACAGGCAAGCAAGGGAUGCAAACACACUUUUUUAACUUCCUCCACAACACAUCGGACUUUCUAUCACCAUAUUACCUAUCUAUUGUUUUUCACCAUUGCCACGUUUCCAGGACUCCUUGUGAUGGAAACAGAGAAAAAAAAAACUGUGAACACAACAAACCUUAGACAACCAAGAAGGCUGCUUAUGCUCAACCUCCUCAAGACUUGUCCCUCCUCUUCUACCCACCAAUCUGCAUUUCCACAUUUCUGUGCUUUGUUUUUUUUUUUUCCAAGUGAAAUCUUGUUACUCAGAUAGUGGCCUUUUUGUAUGUGGCCUAUAAACAAAGAGAAGUGUCUAUCAGCGCUCAUACUAAUUUCCUUUUGAACAAUGACUUAAUCAGUUUGGAACGGUGAGAUGACUUGCAAAGACUUGAUCCUAGAACAAACAUCUAUUCCUAGAGGAAUGUUUUCUUUUUGUUUUUGUUGUUGUUUUGUUGUUUUUCCUUCGGUUCUGCAGAAUUCCAAACUACACACAGAUUCAUAGGGUGUUUGGUGAAUAGUUUUUAAUUUAUUUGCUUUUAUUGUUAUUUUCUCUUCUCUUUUCUUCUUUUCUUUCUCAGUUUUAUUUCGGUGUCCUCUCUAUAUGGCUGAAGGAUAUUUAAACAGUUAAGAAUUGGACAAAAGAGUUCCUCAGACUGACCAAUAGCUGCUGCUUUGAUAUAUUUUAGUGGGUAUAGAAAUAUAUAAAUAUAUAA